CUCCGUUGAAGGCAUUACAACUUUUGAACUCACAAGUAAAUCGACUUCGUCAUGAUCUUAUCUCUAUCUAAGAGAAGAGAAACCAAGAAAGACAAGGCCACCUCAAUUAGCGGUUGUAAUUCCUCCCUCCCUCCCUAGCUAGCUAAUUGCCAUGGCUUCCCAACACCAGCAGCUUCACUUUAUCUUGUUACCUCUAAUGGCUCCCGGACAUAUGAAUCCCAUGGUAGACAUAGCCAAAUUGUUGGCACAGCACGGCGCAAUGGUCACCAUACUCACCACACCCCUUAAUGCCAAUCGUUACAAAACAAUCAUUACUCGUGCUGUACAAUCCGGGCUUCAAAUCCAUCUCCUUGAAAUCGAAUUUCCAUGCGUAGAAGCCGGAUUGCCACAAGGAUGCGAGAACAUUGAUAUGCUCCCUUCACCUGUCAUGCUUGACAAUUUCCGUGCCGCCACUAGAAUGCUACAACAACCGGUGGAACAGUUGUUGGAACAACUAAAACCACACCCAACCUGCUUAGUCUCCGACAUGGUUUUCCCAUGGACAACCGAUGUUGCUCGCAAGUUUCAUAUCCCAAGGCUUGUUUUCCAUGGAACAUGUUGCUUCUCUCUCUUGUGCACACACAAUAUAGUUACUUACAAGGUUAUUGAUAACCUAACCUCGGACUCCGACUACUUUGUGGUGCCAGGCCUACCUACACAAAUUGAGCUUACUAAAGCCCAGAUACCAUCUUCUGCGAGCACAAACUCACCUUUUCGAGACAAAAUGAGAGAGGCAGACGAAGCAGCAUAUGGUGUAAUAGUUAAUAGUUUUGAGGAGUUGGAGCCAGAGUUCGUCAAAGAAUACCAGAAGGCAAAAGGCGGGAAAAAAAUUUUGUGUGUAGGCCCUGUUUCACUAUGCAACAAAGACAACUUGGACAAGGUUGAAAGAGGUAACAAGGCUUCAGUCGAUGAACAGGAGUGCUUGAAGUGGCUCGACUCGCGGGAGCCCAACUCUGUAGUCUAUGCUUCCUUUGGAAGCAUAUCUCAGCUAUUACCCUCACAAAUGAUAGAGGUUGGUUUGGGUUUAGAGGCAUCAAACCAACCCUUCAUUUGGGUGAUAAGAAAUAAAUCGGAUGCAUUGGAGAAAUGGAUUCGCGAAGAAGAAUUCGAGGAAAGAACCAAGGGAAGAGGCCUUCUGAUCCGCGGCUGGGCGCCACAAGUACUGAUACUAUCUCACCCUGCAAUUGGGGGGUUCUUAACACAUUGUGGCUGGAACUCAACGCUAGAAGGGGUGUCUGCUGGUGUGCCAAUGGUAACAUGGCCUUUGUUCGCGGAGCAAUUUUGUAAUGAGAAGUUAGUUGUGCAAGUGCUCAAGAUUGGAGUGAGGGUUGGUGUGGAGGUUAUCGUAAAAUGGGGUGAGGAGGAAAGUGUUGGGGUGUUGGUGAAGAAGGAUGAUGUUAAGAAGUCUAUAGACAUGUUGAUGGAUGGAGGAGAGGAAGGAGAAGAGAGAAGGAAAAGAGCCAGAGAUCUUGGAGAGAAGGCAAACAAGGCAAUAGAAGAAGGGGGUUCUUCAAACCUCAAUAUGUCACUGCUAAUUCAAGACAUCACGGAACAAGCUAAUUAUGGGCAAUAAGCAACCUCUGUGUGUGUGUGUGUGUGUGUGUGUGUGUGAAGAAAGGAUGAUGAAACAAGGAUUACCCAUAUGGAAUCGUUCUGUUUCAAUGCCUUUGUCCAUUAUAAACUAGUCUUGAUUUUUCAAUGUGAUUUUUCUCAUUCUCAUA